UGGAUUUAUACGCUUUUCAUUUAGAUUUUCAUUUUAGUCAACCGUAUCUAUACAACAAACAAUAUUUUCAAUAUGUUUAUCGAUGGAAUCUAUAAACGUGUUGGUCACGAUCGUAGCACACAGUUUCUGAUAAAUGAAGGUUUAACGCCUGAAGAAGCAGAGCAUACAGCAACGUUGGAUCUGGUAUUAGAGUUCAGAGUAAACGGUAACACAGUCACGAGGACAAUUAGAGCUGGAAAUCUUCAUGAAGUUGACGAUUUCGUUCUUGGACAACCACGCCAGGAAGUUUUAGCAAGAAAAAAUUUCAUAAGUAUACCCUCCCUUAACGGAAAUACUUUUAUAUUGUCCACCAAACGUUCAGAUGGAUCCGAAGGAUGGUCUAGAUACCAUUAUUUCAAAGAGGAUGGCUUAGACGUACUACACAAAGCAAAUCACGGGGAAGCUUGGAUGUACUUCAAGAGGUUGUGAUAAUGUUUGAUUUGAACUAAUUAAAUAUAUACUGCAUUACAAACUUUCAUUUCUAUGAAACCUUUUAUUUGAAACAUUUUAUAAAACAAAAGGUGAAAUACAGAUAAAAAUUUAGGCAAGAUUUAAAUGUACCGAUAUUUGUGCAGUGUGCAGUGUUGACAACCUUAAAAAGCAAACUUAAAAUUUUGUAAAAAUGGCACGUGUCUUCAUUAUUGAACAAUAUUUCAAAAAUUUACGUCCGCAGGCGCAAAUUUCAUUCAAAAUAUGGUCGGAAUAGUGUUUCAGCUUCGUCAAAUAUGAAGAUCAAAUAAAGAAGACCGGGAGACAAAAUUCGCUGGAGAUGUUAAACCCACUGGUCGGUGAUAAUCCAGGAACUCCUAAUCGGCGUCGUGGACAACAAUUGCAAAUUUCAAAAAGCUUUCUACUGAUUAUACGCGCUAUAUAUCUGCGUUUUGAUGUGUUAGAGAAUACUGAGAAUAUUGAGUUUCAGCGAAAGGAUGCGACUAGCACUUUUUCACCUUGAGGGGUUCGUUAAUCGCAAAAAUUUCCGUUUUUGAGGUUCUGAUAACCCACAUGCUAUUGUCAAAAAACAAAUACAUCCACAACGUGUCACUGUUUAUAUGUGAAUUUUAGUAGACAUAAUUGGACCAAUCUUUUCUGAAUAUAAGGCUGAUCAAGCAGUGACUGUUGCUGGUUCUCUAUAUCGCGACAAGAUAAUACAAUAUUUUAUGCCGAAAUUGGAUUAUAUUGAUACGGUUCCAAAAAGAUUGUGCUACAAGCCAUACAGCCCAGGAAAUACUUCAAAUUCAAAUUCUUUUAUGUAGAAUGGUCAUUGAAUAUUUCAACAAACGAGUGCUUAUGUGUAUGCAAAACAUGAAAGCCUUUUGUCCAAUGUUUUAUUCCAUAAAUAACCCUAUUCUAUGUAGUUGUUGGUUCAAUAGAGAGAAUACAAUCAAAAGACUAAAAA